AUAAUUUAUUCUUGAAGUCUUUGCCAUGUAGGUUAUGUUGAGUUCAGCUUGGUUCUUAAGCUUCCAAGGUUGGUACAUCGGACGGUGCACGUCAUCCAGGUUACUUCCAUUUGCGGCGAGUUGCUCACCUCCGAGACAACUUUUCUGUGCCAAAGGUCGACUUCUCCACUUCCGACAAAACCAUAAUGUUCAUAUCACGAUCGCUACGGGCGAAAGCCACUCAGCUACGGUCGUCCCCAUUACAGAUUCGUAAUAGACGCCGUUCCUAUUACACAGUUGACCAUCCUGAUCCGACUCCCUUCUCCGAAACUGAAUCCGCUAUUCUUUCCUCUGCCCUUUCCCGCGUCCCGACUCAUGGCUUCUCUCAAAAAGCACUCAAGCUCGGUGCGCGCGAUGCAGGAUACUUGGAUGUUUCGACCAAUCUAUUUCCACGUGGUACAUUCGACCUUGUCAAUUAUCAUCUAGUCACACGCCGAAUGGCUUUGAAAGAGGAAGUGCAAUUUCCGGAGCUGGACACACAGAGCGGCAAUAAGCUCGGUGUAGGCGCGAGGGUACGAAUACUGGCUCUAGCAAGACUACGAGCCAAUAAGGAUAUCAUUGGGAAGUGGCAAGAUGCCAUUGCGAUAAUGGCACAGCCCUCGUAUGUCUCCGCGUCACUCUCCGAGCUAGCACGUCUAUCAGAUGAGAUAUGGUAUCUUGCCGGUGAUAAAGCUGUGGAUGCAAGCUGGUAUACAAAGCGUGCGACGCUGUCUGCAAUUUACUCUGCAGCCGAGCUCCACCAGACACAAGAUCAAAGUCCUAAUUUCAUAGAGACGGAAAGGUUUCUCGAUUCAAGGCUAGAAGAUCUGAGGAAGGUCUCCAGCUUGGCAGGCGGAUUUGGUGGAUGGGUAGGAUACACUGCACAAUCAGCAGUGAAUGUGUUACGGAGUAAGGGCGUAAAAAUAUGAUGUUCAACCACGGGCACAUAUAUGGAUGCUACCUGUGUAGCACAACUGCAUAUCUUAAUUAGAGACCCAUUAUCCGAAAGCCAACAUAUAAGCUUCAAGAUCAAUUAGACAUGAAAGUAAUUCCUGGCUC